CAGCAGAGCAGUCAUCGCGCUGCACACGGCAGAGCUGCCUCGGCUCGGAACGCCGGAGCUGCUGAUGAUGUCAUGCGGCUUCAAAGAACAAGAGCUCCUCUCACAGCGACGCGUUAGCCGCGAGCUUAGCGUCGGUUUCGAGCAGAUAAAGGCUUCGCUGCGGUCGAAUUCAGCACAGGACUACAGUAUAAAGGCAAUCGCGCCGUUUAGCCACCUCGACAAAGAUGGUCACGCAUUUUGCUGAGGUGUCUCUGCUGUCCAGUCAGCGCUGGACGCGAGCGCUAAUGCUAGCCUGCUAGCGUUGGCUUGUUUUGGUCUACUUGGGACGGACAUUAAGCGUUAUUCGCACUGUCAGCGUCGAAAUAACGCUCGAGGUCACCCGGUCGGACCCCUGAGAGCAUUAAUGUGUGGAGGAGAUACCACAGCGCUGAGGAGCAGCCAAUUGGGAAUGUCUCAGUAAAGGAGUGCAACAGAAGAAUGAGCUCUGUAGAGCUUUAGAGGUUCACUGUCAAUGAUCAUGCCUCCAAGGAAGAGACCUCUUGUUCCUGUCAGUGCGAGAAGGCGUCUGAAGCCAGAUGAAGAUUACUUUCCCUUCAAUUUGCUGCCGGUGGAAUGUCAGCUCCAUGUGCUUUCGUUCCUUAGUGAGGUGGAUAAGUGUAACUCUGCACUCGUGUGUUCAAGCUGGAGCCGCUUGGUGCGCUCUGGAAAGCUCUGGAGAGUGGCAGACUAUUCACGCCGUGGGGUGUUCCAUCUUGGACAGGAAGGACUGCUUGUGUCCAACAGAGAGUUCGAGCGCUGGAAGGCAUGGGUUCAUCAUUACACUCACCACCUCAUAUCUCGUGGGGCCAGUCUGCUUACCCUCAAAGCAAGCUUUGAUUUGGGGGACCAGUGCAAUAAGUGGGGAGAGCUCCUGUCUCACCUGCUGGAGAAUGUCCACUGCAGGGAUCUGAGUCAUUUAGACUUGAACUGGACAUUCACCCUGCUGGAGCCGUUGGACCUCCGAGUCCACUCCAGCUCUAGCUCUCACCAGGACAACAUCACCAAAAUGGACCAGGUCAAUAACUUCCAAAUCCUUUUAGCCAGACUAGCCCAGAGCUGUCCAAGAAUCAUCAAGAUGCGCCUGCACUUUGACUGGUCAGAGACGUCUGUAGCUUUGAUAACUCAGUUCCAGCACCUCCGCAUCUUAGAACUUAAGUACUUUUGGGUAUUUAAAGGCGUGAGCCCGAGCACCUUGCAGACACUGACUAAAUCGCUGCCUAACCUCAAGUCCCUUACUCUCCAUGUUCUCGUGCCUCUUCGUAAUUUGGGCAUUUCAUACACUCUUGAAUCCCUAUCCUUGGAGUUCCUUGAUGUUUCCCCCAGCCGAGGUCUGGUCUUCUCUUGCCUGAAACUGCCUGCGCUGCGAGAACUGCGGGCUAAAAAGAUUGUGCGUGGGAUAACUCUAGAUCGCCGGACCAGGCUCCGAAUCCAGAGCAGGUGGCCCUGCCUGUAUCAGGUCUUGCGGGAGGGGACGCCCAAGCUACAGGCCCUCAAUAAUGAACGUCUCCUUCCUAACUGGAAAGAGCAGAGUUAUGGAGAGCUUACUUCCAUUCUCCAGCAGUCCUGCUACUGCCUCCAGCAUCUAGAUAGUUGGCUGUGGUGAAAAGACUAUAGUUUGCAGUCAGAAUCUUGCAGAGUUAAUGGAAUUACGGUGCACACUUGCAGAAGUCAGGAGGGUGAAAUUUAUUCCUUAUGCAGAUAGUAAAACGUACCAUUUAGGACCAAAAAUGUGUUCUGACUGUCAGCGAAGUAAACCACUUGGAAGAUGGAAAAAAAAAAGUGCCAGGGUUUUAGAUGAGGCUAAAGGCAAAAUGUAGAUUAUAGACCAAAUACUCUUGGGGGGGGGUGGGGAUAACAAAAGAUGUCCAGUUUUUAGUAGACUAGCUCUUAUGUUUUGACUAUCAGUGUAAAAUGACAAGGCUUCAUCCCUCUGUAAGAAGUAAGGUGAUCCUGUAUAGUUUGUGGGAAACAGUGUGGGCUAGGUGUUAGAGCCGACGUACCGCUGUUACAGUGAACAAGAUCACCAAUCGCUCAGCCUCAGACAAUGGGUAUUUGCCUAUCUGGGCAACUUGAUGGCCCAGGUGACUCCAGAAAUGUAUGCCUACUUACCACAAGGGGGAGGCAGUGUGUGUGUUGCAGAUGCAAUGAAGUGGUGUGUGUGAAUCAGGUUUAAACAUUUCAUUAACUUGAUAUUUCUUUCACUUCCAGGUUUUUGGGGGCGCUCUCGUUUUGAUUUUUAUUCAAACUUUCUCCUCAUUCCAAAUUUUGCUUCAGGCUAUCCGGUAUGGUUAACUAUGAAACAACCCUGAUGAAGAAACUAGUAGGAUUAUGCUUUAACAUUUCAGACACUCUUUACACAUUCAUUUUUAAGCAAUGCUUCAAUCAGACAUGAGUCCUAAUCUUUUUACUUGAAUUUAUGUCGAGGAAUGAUACUUUAAUCUGAGCAUUAAGUUGUGGUGGUUGGUUAUUGUAGUGGGUAAAACCUCUGCCUUCUACACUGUAGACUGGGGUUCAAUCCCCCACCAGGGCAAGCACCCGACACUAUACCAAUAAGGGUCCUUGGGCAAGACUCCUAACACCCCCUUGGCCUACCUGUGUAAAAUGAUCAGAUUGUAAGUCGCUCUGGAUAAGAGCGUCAGCCAAAUGCCGUAAAUGUAAAUGCAUUUGUUUAUCUAAAUGAUAUCAGUUGAAUUGGUGAUGUGUAGUAAGGACUGUUUAUAUACACAGGGAGUAACCAGCCUUAUAAUUUAAUUGUGACUUGAUAGAGGUCGUGUGAUUGAAAUUUUAUGAUCAAGAAAGUCGCUAAAAACUUUCCUGUUCCUUUAAGAAGACUUUUAGGGAUUCAUCCAGUCAGAUUGACAACACCAAAACCAAUGAUUACGCUCAUAUUUAUAUGAAUAUUUCCAGAGCUGAUAUGAUAUGUAGUGGUUCUUUUAAGGAGCUUUGAUAUGAACCCUGUCACAGAGUUAUAUCUUUGACUGAAUUAGACUAUAAGAUUAUUUAGUUACCCCAAAAUUGCUUUGAAUUGGUUUUUAUGAAGAGUUGAGGCAGAUAUAGACUACAGAGCCAAAGACUGAUGGACCAAGUCGUGUGUGCUUUUGUGGCUUAAAAAUAUGGCUUUAUAUGUUGCAGGUUUUUUUUUCCUAUCAUCUGUUUUCCAUGUAUUCUCACAUAAACAGAUCCAGUCUUGUAUGUGUAGUACUUCAUACCUAUCCAUAGAGGUCCCCUCAUCCACAGUUUUGUAUUACUGACAGAAGUUUUGUCUUAUCUUGUUAAUUUACUUUUUGGCCCUUGCACUGAUUUUUAAUAGCUAGAGGAAACCAAGUGAUGCAGUGAUGAUUAAACAUGUCCUGGAAUGAUUAAUGACUGCCAGAAUAAAUGCAUUUUGACUGGACAUCUCAA